AUGGCGACAAUCCCUGCAGUUCGCAGUCGACGUCGGCGCGACCGCUCCUUUGGUCAAAUCCCAUUGAGUUCAAGCGAGAUCGAGCUCUAUUCGCGUCAAGACGAGGUGACACGUCGGAGACGUCGACUUUUGGCCGUGCGCGACGAGGAACGGCGUCUGGCACAGCAAAUGACGCUGCGAUAUCGUAAUAAUCUGCAGAAAUUGCAGUACAAAAAGCUCCACACGUUCCAAAAAGAGUUGAGCAUUGAACAGCAAAAGAUGUUGAAUGAACUGUAUGCUCACUAUCAAAAAUCACUGCAGAGCACAGGGACAGAGCAGCGCAAUGCGCGUUUGAAGCUACGGAAGUUCAUGGAACAGGCCCAGAAAGAAAAGAACAAAUGGACUUUUGAUUGGGAUAUUGGAAAAAAAGAACGGACAAUUGAAGCACAUAAAGCUCAAGAGAAGGAAGCGGCGGUCGUGACGGCUGCAAGACGGCGACAAAAGGAGCAGAGGAGAGAGAGACUUAAAGUUGUGAACAAUCAGCAGGGACGACGAACCAUUGCUGGAUUUCGACAGGAAAAUGAAGUGGUUCGGGAAAGAGUUGAAGGUAGAGAAGAACUAGAGACGUUGAGAAAGAUGCAGUGUUCUGAAGAGGUGGUUGCCACACCUAGACCACAUCAGAAGGAUAAAAUGUCGUAUCGAACUGAUGGUGGUUCAAUGACGACGUCGAGACCGGUAGCAACGGUGCUCCAACAUGAUAGGAGACACUCGACAGCGAUGCGAGGAAAAGACGAGAAGAUGAAGUACAGGGACGAGAUUGAUCACGAACGAAAACGGGAGCAAUUGAUUGCGGAAGCACAGCAGAAGAAGGGAUUAGAGAGAGGUAGAAAAGCUCUUAACGAGGUUGUGCUGAGACGACAAGGACUGCAAGCAAUGGAGUGGUUGGCGUUGGUGGACAAAAUGGAGCGGCGAGCACGAGGACAGGAUCUGGGAGGCGGAGAGGACUAUUUGUUGCAUGCAGGAGAUGUCAAUGGAGGAAUGGACAAAUCGGAGCGCAUAGCAGAACGAGCAUUUGCUCAGAUGCUUGGUCUGGAUGACGAUUCAGUCGAAUUGUCGGUUUUCUCUAUCAAUUCAGAUGACACACGAUCAGUCACUUUGGCUGAUCAUGAUCACGAGCUUGUGAACGGUGAUGAGGCCGCAUUUGCAGAUUCAGGUUACAGAGCAAAGCUUAGAGGAACGAAAUGCAGCGGUUCUUUCGACUUGUAUGACAGAUCAGAGUCUAUUGGUCCGGUCACAAGAUGUCAGGAUGAGCAUGCUGAGCACAGACAUGGGGAACCGUUGAAGACGACCACACUCGGCAAUUUGCAGCGUACACAACUAGAAAAGCUCAAGAAAGCGGAGGAUAUGCACACGACAGGUUUACGGCUCGAAGAAGCUAAGGUACCUUCGAAGGCUUGUAGCGAGGUACGCGACAGCGAGUAUGAGGACAAGCUUAACAUGUCGUCAAAACUGAGAGACGCUUGUCACGAAAAGACGUAUUCUUACGAGAACCACUCUUCCACACUAGCUGCUGAUGACGAAGACAAAGAUUCCAAUUCAAAAGCGUGGCUUCAAGACCUAGGGGACGGACCCCCAAACUUGAAUUUCAGUGCAAGUCGUUUGUCAGGAGCACCUUCGGAAGUAUCGUCAACUGAAAAUGUGCAGUCAAAAAACCAUCUGGAGAAUGAGUGUUCCAAGGCGAUAAGUGUAGAGCGCGACGACUCUUUGCGGUCUGUCUUUCAUUCUCGGAAUCAUUCCGAGAAUGAGAUGGAAAGUGUAGAACUGAAUAUGGGGCAGUUGGGACAUAAUUGUGGCGUAGUCGAUUGUGCGUUGCUAGAGACACCAUAUUCGCAGCGGGAAUGGUGCACGGCUACAAGUGAUCAAUUUAUCUCUGGCACUUCAGGGCAUCAAGACAAGUAUGGAAACGCAGAAGAGCAGUCUGAGAGUACUAAUAAAGUAGAAGAGCAUUGCUCUGCUUCUCAUAGGUUAUAUGCCUCACCACAGAGCUUGGCAAUGGAUGAAGUCAAUGAGGAGAAGGUUCUUGAGGUCGCGCGAAAGCUCAGUAAGCAAGUCUUUGCGACAGGAUCUGUUGACGCAUCGUUGGUUGAAGGUGCAAAGAUUUUAUCAGCAAGUUCUUCUCCCACGAGUGAUGCUGGCAAUCACGAAUAUUACGACAAGGGUCGCGUUUUCGAUAGUACGGCCAUUGGCGAUGAUGAGCGGCUCUCGUUAUCUGAUUCAUUUUCAGCUUCCAGCCAAAAGUCUCUUUCGCAGCUUGAUCAAGUGGGAAAUGACAGAAUAAGGUCACUGAAGCAAUUGUCUAUCGACCAACAAAUGUUGGCAUUCUCGAAUUCGGAGGGAUUUAAUGAAGGCGAAAGAGAAGCUAAAUCACAUCGUUCAUCUAUCGGUACCAAUAGCGCGCGCUCAUCCGUAAAUUUCAGUUUUCGUGAUCUGUAUUACCAACGGAGAAGCAGCACUUCAGCUGUGUCUGUCGCCCAGUACUCUCUACCAAUUUCGAAUUCGCAACAUUCAUUUGACGAAAGCGUGGACCGACUUCACCUAGAACACGAUGAUAGCUUCGUAAAUGAGCUGGUCCCGAUAUUCCCUAAGCACACGUUACCGCCACCUCCGCGGUCUCUUGAAGAGGAUAAUCAAGCGCUUGAGGAGUAUGACAUUCAGCUCGUCGCACCGAAUAUGAGCAGAAUGUUGACAUCAGAGCAAUUAUCCUUCUUUAGGAGCAGUCAACAAUGCUUAAAUCACCAGGCUACGGCAACUGACCAACUACGUCGUCAGCCUCCAGCAAAUACGACCAUGCAAACAGAGGAAAAUCGUCCAUCGACUCCCUCUGACAAGAUUGCGCUCUCAUCAUCAUCAUCCAGUUGGCGGAGUUACUCAGACUCUUCCAGUGGUGGACCUGAUGCAACCAGUCUUAACACUUCGGUGGAACAGUCACCAUUGCAACAACACGAAGCGACUGGACAGAUUCGACAAUUGACCACAGUGGCCGCGGGGCCUAAAAGCCGUCAGCAUCCUGGGAUCAACCAACCGUCAACAGAUGAUUGGAAGGAGCGAGAUGCCCUGUCAGCCAUAUCUAGCGAGUCCGGUUUUUCCAGCCUUGGCUUUACUGUUCAACUAGAUGUUGCAGCUGGUCCUACUUGGAAGCUCGAUACUGGUGAUGAUGGACGAGUCAUCCCCAGCAGUGUAGAUAGUCAGCACAAUCGUCAUGCUCAGGAAUAUCCGUCUGAUGAUGAAGUGGACAAACAGAGCAUCGCCUCUGAACGAAGUUUUGCAUCUAGUUCAAGCAUGUCACUGGACGCAUAUUUCGAUUACCUCAUUAACCUGACUUCGACUGUACGAGAAUCCUUGCCGCUGCAGCUUCAAUUGCCUGCAAUGAUGUACGGCAAGAAGGAUAUGACAAAGCUACCGGCACCAAUAACCUGGUCGACAUCGUCAGCAUCCUCGGUUACAACUGCGAGCAAGGUGGACCAGAGCGAUGUUUCAGAGACGAGUUCUCUUUCCGUUAGAAGGAGCAUUGCUAACUCGGAUUCCCUCCUUAACCACCCACCUCGCUCCGGGAAGAUAGAUCAUCUGGGUCAUGAUCGCAGCUUGCCACACUCUGCUGUCAGUUACCAGAGCGAUGAAUCCUAUGCAAGACAAGUGAGUGGACAUACGAGGGGAUCUGGAAAAGUGGCACGCUCUACAUUUACCGACAGCAAGCGGGAAACUACAGAGUUGCGACUGUCUUCAUUAAGCUCAAGCAACAUGAGCCAGCCGCCAACACCCAUGCAGAACUUGAGCUGGAGUUCAGAUGACUAUGGAUCAUCCGAUGAACAAAGCACCGACGAUAGUCAACUGCAUCACGUCCUAUCUCCUCCGCUGAGUUACAUUGACACUCAUCAGCCAGCAGCUCCUAUACAGCGUUUCGGCCAAAGCUUGAAUGACUCGCAAUCAUCAUCAGAACAAAACUUUAGAGAUCGGUCAUUUCAAAGGCGAGGCGUCUAA